AUGGUAAUAAUCAUCGUUUUUGCUCUUUUGGCUUUUCACAGUUUAACAGUAUUUGGAACAACACAACCACUAAUAAUUUUUUCCAAGUAUUCAAGUGAAUUAACAUUGAAUAGUGGAAUAUAUACUCGUAAUGGAAGUUCCGGAGUAAAUUAUUAUUAUGAAGCAACUGAAGUACAAGUAAAUACAACAGGAAAUUAUACAUUCACAAGUUCAAGUUCUAUUGAAGAUACAUAUGGUUAUCUUUAUCAACGAAAUUUUUAUCCAUCUGCUCCUUCAUACAAUAUUGUUUCAAAAGAUGAUAACACUGCUGGAAAUGGUCAGUUUCAAGUGACAGCUGCUCUUCGAAGUGAUACAAAAUACAUUUUAGUAUUUACAACAUUUCAUGAAAACAAUACCGGAUCAUUUUCAAUCCUUACAUCUGGACCAGAUAAUGUCUUUAAUCCAAUAGAAGUUUUAUCAACAACAACACCAAUGCCUAUAUGUGACACAUUCGAAUUCAAAGAACAGCCAAUGCUUAAUACAUCUGGUACAGCUCCUCAAUCAGCAAUAUCUGCUGAUUUCAAUAAUGAUGGCCAUUCGGAUCUAGCAGUCACUAAUUAUGAUACAAAUACUGUCUCAAUUUUCUUGGGUAUUGGUAAUGGAUCGUUUCAGUCACCUUCGAUGAAUUUUUCUACGAAAGGAAUCAAUCCAUAUUGGCUUGUCGCUAAUGAUUUCAAUAGUGAUGGAAAUCUCGACUUAGCCAUAACCAAUGAACAAUCAAAUACUGUCGCCAUUCUUCUUGGUCUGGGCACCGGCUCGUUUCAGCUGCCAGCUAUAACUUUAGCUAGUGGAGGAUCUUUACCGUCCUCGAUCAUCGCUACUGAUCUCAAUAACGAUAAUAAAAUCGAUUUGGUUGUAACAAAUACUGGCUCUGACAAUAUCACAACCUUCUUCGGUAUAGGCAACGGUACUUUUCAACUUCCUGGAAAAUCUUAUACAGCUGCUUCAUUGCCUUCGUCAAUAACGAGCGGCGAUUUCAACGGUGAUGGCAACAUCGAUCUAGCCGUAGUAAGUCGUGGCAGUAAUAAACUGCUCAUUUAUUUCGGCCUCGGAAACGGAACUCUUUGGUCCAACUUCACUAGUUAUACGACAGGGUUAUUUCCUUAUGUUGUUCGUUCAGCUGAUUUCAAUGGUGAUUCAAAACUAGAUCUAGUUGUUGGUAAUUUUUAUUCCAAUUCGAUAAGUAUUUUUCGAGGCACCGGUACAGGUACAUUUAUCAUGGCGUCUCCUUCGACAUACCCUACAACUGGCGCAGGCCCUAUCGAUAUUGCAAUUCAGGAUCUGAACGGAGAUGCAGUAGUAGAUUUGGCGGUAAGCAAUCAGAUUGGCAAUACUAUCACCGUAUACUUGAGCAAUGGAAACGGUACUUUUCAACAAGGAAAAAAUUAUUCAUCAACGGGAAAAAAAUUACAAUCGAUUAUCGCCCAAGAUUUUAACGACGAUGGAAUAAAUUUAUCAGCACAAGAACAGCUACUUAACUCAACAACAACAGUAACAUGUAAUUUUACUGCAUGUAAUUCUCAAGGAGUACCAUGUUCAUCGAAUCUUGACUGUGAUUGUUUUUCAAUAACAUCCAAUUCGAAUAUAGGAAUAUGUGCUUUAACUACUCUCUCCUGUGCAAGUUUUAUACGAUGUAAUACGGAUAAUGUAACUUGUUCAAUGAAGAGUACAAUCUGUGUGAACAGUACACGAUGUGGUCAACCAAUAUGCUAUCCAUUAGCUAUGGCAAUGAAACAAAUAUGUCCACCAAAGACUGUUACAAGAUGGUUCUAUACUGGUAAUAUGACUAAUGCGCGAUAUUUUCACAAAGCAUCUGUAUUAUUAGAUGGGAACGUAUUAGUUACUGGUGGAUACGGUAACAACGGUACUUUAACUAAUGCAGGGCUGUAUGAUCCAUCAACAGGCACUUGGACAACUAGUGGUAACAUGAGUACAACACGAGCGUAUCACACAGCAUCUGUAUUAUCAAAUGGGAAAGUAUUAGUUACUGGUGGGUUAGGCAAUGGUGAUCUUUUAAGUAGUGCUGAACUAUAUGAUCCUUCAACAGGUACAUGGGCAACUAGUGGUAAUAUGAUUAAUCUACGAUAUUAUCACACAGCAUCUGUAUUAUCAAAUGGAAAGGUAUUAGUUACUGGUGGUGCACCCAAUGUUGAUUUAAAUAGUGCUGAGCUCUAUGAUCCAUCAACAGGCACUUGGACAACUACUGGGAACAUGAUUAAUACACGAAAUAUUCAUACAGCAUGUGUAUUAUCAAAUGGAAAAGUAUUAGUUACUGGUGGAUGGAACGGUAAUAUUGGUUUUUUAAAUAGUGCUGAAUUGUAUGAUCCAUCAAUAGGUACUUGGACAACUACCGGGAACAUGACUAAUGCCCGAUAUUAUCACACAGCAUCUGUGUUAUCAAAUGAAAAAGUAUUAGUUACUGGUGGAUUCGAUGGUGUUAGUACUUUAAAUAGUGCUGAGCUGUAUGAUUCAUCAACAGGUACUUGGACAACUACAGGUAACAUGACUAUUGCACGAUCUGAUCACACAGCAUCUGUAUUAUCAAAUGGAAAAGUAUUAGUUACUGGUGGAUGGAAUGGUAGUGAUGUUUUAAAUAGUGCCGAACUGUAUGAUCCGUCAACAGGUACAUGGACAACUACUAGUAACAUGACUACUGCACGAUAUUCUCACACAGCAUCUGUCUUAUCAAAUGGAGAAGUAUUAGUUACUGGUGGUUCAAACAAUACUGUUAAUGUUUUAAAUAGUGCUGAAUUAUAUUAA